AAAACCUUAAUAAUUUACCAGAAAUAAAGAAAAUAAAACCCUAAAAUCAUUCUCCUUUUAGCAGUGACCAUUUCUGAGAAACCCUUCAUCAAGUUCGAAAUUUCCCUAAAAACAUUCAAUCAUCUGAGACAUUUAAGCUUCCCUCUCAGCCCAACUGAGAUGCCCUUAUUGAAGUAUGCAGAAACUUCUGCGCCUAAACCAUUCAGGCCGCCCCCUUUUAUGCGCUAAGUUUUCUACUGCUUACUCUUACUCCUUACCCAAACUAAAUUUGAGCCCACUUCCCAAAAUGCCGCUAACAGCAGCCGCAACGAGUGGUGCCACCGCUUUCGCCGUCUCGGUAUCGGUUUCUAGAAAACCCACACACUCUUCUGCUUUUAACUUCCGCUGUUGCUCCGUGGGAACCAAAUCGCCUCUGUCGAGGGCGUGGGUGGUGUUGAAGGAGGGACGGGCGUGGUGCCACACGGUGGCCCUGGAGGGCGAGAACAUUGAGAAGGUGACGAGUGAGGAGAAGAGCUUGAAGGUGCAUAAUAGAAGACAAAAGAGCGAAAUCGGGUUACAAGGGAACCCAGAUUUGCUGACGAUUCCGGGAGUGGGUCCUAGGAAUUUAAGGAAGCUUGUUGACAAUGGAAUUGGACGAGUUGCAGAACUCAAGCAGCUGUACAAGGAUAAGUUUUGGAAGGCUAGUGGGAAGAUGGUGGAGUAUUUACAGAGUUCAGUGGGAAUUAUUCACAAAAAUCAUGCUGAGAGUAUAACGACUUUCAUUAAAGAGAGUGUGGAUGAAGAACUGAAGGAUUUGAACUCAGAUGAUAAGCCCACUCCAAAGAAAAGAAUCACUCUUUGUGUUGAGGGAAAUAUAAGUGUUGGGAAAACUACGUUCCUUCAGAGGAUAGCAAAUGAGACACUCGAGCUUCGUGACCUUGUUGAGAUUGUUCCUGAGCCUGUUGAUAAGUGGCAGAAUGUUGGACCUGACCACUUUAAUCUAUUGGGUGCUUUUUAUGAUGAGCCAGAAAGGUAUGCCUAUACCUUCCAGAAUUAUGUAUUCGUUACAAGGGUUAUGCAGGAGAGGGAGUCAUCUGCUGGAAUUAAGCCACUCAGGUUGGUGGAGAGGAGUAUUUUCAGUGACAGGAUGGUCUUUGUCCGAGCUGUUCAUGAAGCAAAAUAUAUGAAUGAGAUGGAGAUCAGCAUCUAUGAUUCAUGGUUUGAUCCUGUUGUAUCAGCCUUGCCCGGUCUCAUCCCAGAUGGCUUCAUUUAUCUUAGGGCAACCCCUGAUACUUGCCACAAGAGAAUGAUGCUGCGGAAGAGAGAAGAAGAGGGUGGAGUCUCCCUAGACUACCUUCGUUCCUUGCAUGAAAAGCAUGAGAGCUGGCUUUUCCCCUUUGAAAGUGGUAAUCAUGGGGUUUUAUCUGUCAGUAAGCUCCCUCUCUCCAUGGACAAUUCUUUACAUCCUAAGAUAAGAGACCGUGUAUUCUAUCUAGAGGGUGCUCAUAUGCAUUCCAGUAUUCAGAAGGUUCCUGCUUUAGUUCUUGACUGUGAACCCAACAUUGAUUUCAGCAGAGAUAUUGAAGCAAAGAAGCAGUAUGCCCGCCAAGUUGCAGAGUUUUUCGAAUUUGUGAAGAAAAAGAAAGAUCAACCUACUCAACCUACUGAUGGUGUAAAAGGGAUCCAACCACAAGUCUUGCUACCCAACACAGGUGGAUUUUGGCUACCGAAUGGCAAACAUUUCCCAGAGUCCGCCCUCAAAUCUCUGGACUUUAGACGAGCCAUGUCAGUCAUGUCUAGCCAGCAAUGAAGUUGUUAAUUGCCCCUUUUUCUCAACCCAAAUUCAUGUGAAUAGGUACCUGUUUGUUAGAUGUGUUUGUAGGAGCUAUCUAGUUCUCAUGUGAAUGUAAAAAAGUUAACCCUUAACCUUUAGAGAUGUAGAAAGAUUUGUUAACAAGUGAAUGCUCUGAUGAUCUGCUGAUUUUUUGUGAAAGUUAUUUACUGUUAUCAUGUUCUAUAAAUUCCUGUUUUGUGGUA